UUGCGUGCUCGCUCGCGCCAGGCGAGUCUCCGCGUCUCCCUCGCGAACUCGGUGAAAGGAAUUGGCGCCGUUCGACACCAGGCGGGUCCGCUCUGCAGCACGAACCCACCUCCAGCCGCAGCCGCAGCCGCCGCCCGGGCCGAGGAGCAGCCGCAGCAGCCGCCACCAGUGGCCGAGUGAGCGGAGCCGAGUUUGAGCCAGCGCCUAGCGGUGAAUCGGGGCCCUCACCAUGAGUUCCUCGCCUGUUAAUGUAAAAAAGCUGAAGGUCUCGGAGCUGAAAGAGGAGCUCAAGAAGCGGCGCCUUUCCGACAAGGGCCUCAAGGCCGAGCUCAUGGAGCGACUCCAGGCCGCACUGGACGACGAGGAGGCCGGGGGCCGCCCCGCCAUGGAGCCCGGGAACGGCAGCCUAGACCUGGGCGGGGAUUCCGCCGGGCGCUCGGGAGCAGGCCUCGAGCAGGAGGCCGCGGCCGGCGGCGACGAGGAAGAGGAAGAGGAGGAAGAGGAGGAGGAAGGGAUCGCCGCCCUGGAUGGCGACCAGAUGGAGCUAGGGGAGGAGAACGGGGCCGCGGGGGCGGCCGACGCGGGCCCGAUGGAGGAGGAGGAGGCCGCCUCGGAAGACGAGAACGGCGACGAUCAGGGCUUCCAGGAAGGGGAGGAUGAGCUCGGUGACGAGGAGGAAGGCGCGGGCGACGAGAACGGGCACGGGGAGCAGCAGCCUCAACCGCCGGCGACGCCGCAGCAACAGCCCCCACAGCAGCGCGGGGCCGCCAAGGAGGCCGCGGGGAAGAGCAGCGGCCCCACCUCGCUGUUCGCGGUGACGGUGGCGCCGCCCGGGGCGAGGCAGGGCCAGCAGCAGGCGGGAGGUAAGAAGAAGGCGGAAGGCGGCGGAGGCGGCGGUCGCCCCGGGGCUCCGGCGGCGGGAGACGGCAAAACAGAGCAGAAAGGCGGAGAUAAAAAGAGAGGGGUGAAAAGACCUCGAGAAGAUCAUGGCCGUGGAUAUUUUGAGUACAUUGAAGAGAACAAGUAUAGCAGAGCCAAAUCUCCUCAGCCACCUGUUGAAGAAGAAGAUGAGCACUUCGAUGACACAGUGGUUUGUCUUGAUACUUAUAAUUGUGAUCUACAUUUUAAAAUAUCAAGAGACCGCCUCAGUGCUUCUUCCCUCACUAUGGAGAGUUUUGCUUUUCUUUGGGCUGGAGGAAGGGCAUCUUAUGGUGUGUCAAAAGGCAAAGUCUGUUUUGAGAUGAAGGUUACAGAGAAGAUCCCAGUAAGGCAUUUAUAUACAAAAGACAUUGACAUACAUGAAGUUCGGAUUGGCUGGUCACUAACCACAAGUGGAAUGUUGCUUGGUGAGGAAGAAUUUUCUUAUGGGUAUUCUCUUAAAGGAAUAAAAACAUGCAACUGUGAGACUGAAGAUUAUGGAGAGAAAUUUGAUGAAAAUGAUGUGAUUACAUGUUUUGCAAACUUUGAAAGUGAUGAAGUAGAACUCUCCUAUGCAAAGAAUGGGCAAGAUCUUGGCAUUGCCUUCAAAAUCAGUAAGGAAAUUCUUGCUGGAAGGCCACUCUUUCCGCAUGUUCUCUGCCACAACUGUGCGGUUGAAUUUAAUUUUGGUCAGAAGGAAAAGCCAUAUUUUCCGAUACCAGAAGAUUAUACUUUUAUCCAGAAUGUCCCCUUAGAGGAUCGAGUUAGAGGACCAAAGGGGCCUGAAGAGAAGAAAGAUUGUGAGGUUGUUAUGAUGAUUGGUUUGCCAGGAGCUGGGAAAACCACCUGGGUUACUAAACAUGCAGCAGAGAAUCCUGGUAAAUACAACAUUCUUGGAACAAACACCAUAAUGGAUAAAAUGAUGGUGGCAGGGUUUAAGAAGCAGAUGGCUGAUACUGGAAAACUGAACACGCUGUUGCAGAGAGCUCCCCAGUGUCUUGGAAAGUUUAUUGAGAUUGCUGCCCGUAAGAAGCGAAAUUUCAUUCUGGAUCAGACAAACGUGUCUGCUGCUGCCCAGAGGAGAAAAAUGUGCCUGUUUGCAGGCUUCCAACGAAAAGCUGUUGUAGUUUGCCCGAAAGAUGAAGACUACAAGCAAAGAACACAGAAGAAAGCAGAAGUCGAGGGAAAAGACCUACCAGAACACGCAGUCCUCAAAAUGAAAGGAAACUUCACGCUGCCCGAGGUAGCUGAGUGCUUUGAUGAAAUAACCUACGUUGAACUGCAGAAGGAGGAAGCCCAAAAACUUCUGGAGCAAUAUAAGGAAGAAAGCAAAAAGGCGCUUCCGCCAGAAAAGAAACAGAACACUGGCUCGAAGAAGAGCAAUAAAAAUAAGAGUGGCAAGAAUCAGUUCAACAGAGGCGGUGGCCACAGAGGCCGUGGCGGCUUCAACAUGCGCGGUGGCAACUUCCGAGGAGGAGCUCCUGGGAACCGCGGCGGCUAUAACCGGAGGGGCAACAUGCCCCAGAGAGGUGGCGGUGGCGGGGGCAGCGGCGGCAUUGGCUACCCGUACCCUCGCGGCCCUGUGUUCCCCAGCCGAGGCGGCUACUCCAACAGAGGCAACUACAGCAGAGGUGGGAUGCCCAACAGAGGGAACUACAACCAGAACUUCAGAGGACGAGGAAACAAUCGCGGCUACAAAAAUCAAUCUCAGGGCUACAACCAGUGGCAGCAGGGUCAAUUCUGGGGUCAGAAGCCAUGGAGUCAGCAUUAUCACCAAGGAUAUUAUUGAAUACCCAAAUAAAACGAACUGAUACAUAUUUCUCCAAAACCUUCACAAGAAGUCGACUGUUUUCUUUAGUAGGCUAACUUUUUAAACAUUCCACAAGAGGAAGUGCCUGCGGGUUCCUUUUUUAGAAGCUUUGUGGGUUGAUUUUUUUUCUUUUCUUUUUUGUACAUUUUUAAUUGCAGUUUUAAAGUGAAUCGUAAGAGAACCUCAGCAUUGUGCACGAUAAGAGAAUGUGUCAGUAUUUCAGGGUUCUACAUUUUAUCUGUAAAAUGUGACUUUUUUUUUUAUCACAACAAAAGUAAAAUGUUGCUUUGUACCUGGUGUCUUUUAUUAAGAAUUUACUCCCCCCAUUUCUCACAGAGAUAACAGUCGGGAGUCAUUGUCACAAUAUAAUAGAAAUGUUAGCAACCAGAUUCAUGUAAGGACUAAGUAGUCCUCAUGAAUUGCAUAAGACUCUGUACUGCUCAUAGUACACUCCAUCCUCUCUGUAGUUUGCUGAGUAGUGGAGGGGGAAGGCUUCAAGAGUAGUUUCCGACAAUAACUGGGAAGGCUUUUUCUUUUUUUAAAUAACAAUGGAAUUGGCAUAAUUGGGAAUGAAGAUAAAACUUGGAACCAAGAUAGAGAAGAUGGAGUGUAUGUAGAAGGGCUGUUAAAAAUGUAAAACUUGGUUGCAUUAUUUGUGGAGGCUCAAACUUGUGAAGGUUCAAUACCAUACUUUUUCCAUUUGUUCUGCAUUUUGAUUCUGAAAAGAAAGCUGGCUUUGCCCAUUUCUUAUUAAAAAAACUUGUUGUAAAUCCAGUUGUCUAAUGGGAUCUAUAUGAAGUUAGCUAUGUCUGUAUGCCCUUCUCCCACAAAAUACUGUAUAACUAGUGUGCUUGUAGUAGUUUACUCCACCAUCUUUGUAAGCUAAUGACAUUGUGAGUCACCCAUUUAUAUCUUAAUUUUUAAUCAUGUCAGUUCUUGAAUGGGUAUCUCCUUAGCCUGCUGAUUUCUUUUUCUUUCUAAAGAAAGUGGGUGGAGAAAUUAAUUUAGACGUUUGUUUGCAAUAAAAAGAAUUCAUUUUACUCUUGUUUUGGGAUUCUCGCCAUCAAGGUUCAAAAUCCCUUUAUAAAACUCCCAAGAGGAGAAAAUUUAAGUGUGUGCUUUCUGGACAGCUUAUUCUUUACUCUGUACUUGGAACAUUUAGGUUUUAAAAACUUAAAUGUAUACUGACAAUUGACUUUGAAUUAUGAAGUAAAGUUGAAUUCUUCCUUCCCCUCCCCCCCAGAUGACUUAACAUUUUAAUGAGGGGAAAUGGUGUACUGGCUGGGAGAAGUUAACACUCCGUUUACCAUCUUUAGCAAAUGCUAAUGGCUGUCCUCAACCGAAUAUCUUAUACGCACCUAUCUAAUACAUGAAACUCUGGGAAGAGAUGCUUUUAGAAGCCAUCAUGUGAGCCAGUCAUUGAUUUCACUACUACACAACACUGCUAACUUAACCGUAGCUAUGUGACAACAUUAGAUCCCCUAAUUGUAAUUCUAUUGGGUUUGCACAGAACACUUAAUCUUAAAGGACCCUCACUGAUGUGAAGUGAGGAAUCAGGAGUCAAACUGUAGAACUAAAACUCGACUUCAGUCUAGUGUUUUGUUGGUGUUUUAGGUUGCUUCUGGUAAGUUUAGGUUUGUUUAUAUUUCUGUUUGCUUAGAUUUUUGUUGUAGCCAUUUUAAAUCCGAUCUUUAACUUCUUCAUACUCCUAGGAAUUCUGCUACAAGCUGAGCUGGAGUUGAGUUUUAGAUGGUGGUGUAGGUUUAGUUGAUAAAUUUUUGAAACAAAGGCUAAUCCUGUAAUUACCGUAAGAACACUUAACGGUACAAGGCAGUGUCUCGAGGGCUUUGGGUUUUAGCAGUUAGCUUACUGGUAGCAGCUGCUGGUGUGAACUAUUUCUCGUUGUACAUUAUAAUUACGAGGAUUGCAUAGACUGACCCGGGGGAAAAGUUCAGCCUUUGUUGCUAAUCAGUGUUUUAGGUACCUUUGAAGAAUUUUGGAUCUAUCUUCUAGUUUAAAAUUGCUUACUUAACGGAAUUCAUGUUCUAAUAAUCGCAGUGGGAGAGAGUAAUGGCCAAAUAACACUUUGGUAGAUUGUCAUGCCUUGUGUAGCCCAGAAAAUUUGGGGAAGAAAGGGGAAUAGAUGGAGAUACUGUCCAGGAAAACAUUAAAAUUUUCAGAAGCAGUCUAAAGAUAGAAUUAAUAUGUAUGGAAAGAAAUAAUUUUAGUGUUUUAAGAAAUUCAGAAGAAGGGAGUGUAGCAGAUAGCAAGCAAGCGAAAGGGAGAAAAAUAAGGAAUGCCAUUUGGCAGAGUAAGAUCUGUCAAUGAGAAACUUGGUUUAGUCUUUGCCCCUCCUCUCGCCUGCCUCUUUCUGUGGUAAGCAGACACCAGAUAAACUAAAGACGUGGUUCUGAGCAUGUCUCAGCUAUGCCUGUGAGACUGCGGUUGCUUUGAGUGGUGCUUGCCCCAGAAAGUUUUUCAGGGAGUCGAACCGACCAUCCUGAGUCAGGUGUUGGGUCAGAUUGGUCAGCUACAGUCCGGUGAAAACAGCAUGAAUAGGUUAACCAGGAAAGAAGGCAAAACACUUCAAGAUAGAAAUGAAGUAACCCAUGCUGUCCCAUAGAACAUUUUCUUUGUUGCUGGUAGGUUACAUCUUGUCACUCCUAUCUGGCCUUUGACAGAGGGCUCUGGCUUGGACCGAGGAGGCCAGGACUAACCUCUGGCCCUGAUACCCAGGUCUGUCACAGUAAGAUGAAAUCUUAGAAUGAAGCAUGAGUCAAGUCAGUCUGACAUUGAAAUGACGAAGCCAUAUUAAAUGCACAAAACAAGCUCACAUUUGCCUAGGGUAGAUCCUGUCCAACGGUAAGGACAGUGAAACUAGAGGUCCUGAGCACUAAUGAGGUGUUGAAGCUUCUUAAAAGACCGUUUUCUUUGCAAAAGUACUUAAAAUUUUUCCAGGAAAGUAUGUUUUUCACCUUCUGGAGAGUUUACAUUCGUGGACAGAUUAUGUUCUGUAUUUAAUGUUUGCAUCAGUUCGAGUUGAAUGACUUGUUUUUCUAUGAGGUUAAUAUAAAUUGGCUUUUUAUUCUAGGAUCAUUUAAGUCCCAUUGCACAAAUAAAAAUGAAGUAUUUCAUAGCUUUUUUAAGCAGUGGUACAGACUUGUCACAUACAGAGAUCUGAUGAUAGGUCUAUGGGAGUCUAUCUGAUACUUUUAAAAAGCUGAAACCAGAAUAAGCUGCUACUGAGGAAGGCGUAAAUCUAUGUUUUAUAGCCCAAGUCUUAGUUUCUGAUAUUAAACAUACAUGUGCAUCUUAAAAACAGUUUCCAUAAUUCCCUCUCUACAUGUAACUAUAAAAUGUGUUUUAAAAAGUGGGUGGAACUUGUAGCAGAGAAUGAUUCUCCGCUCCCACCCCCCAGAAUAUUCUAUGAAAUAUUGUGGAAAGAUGAAUACGAUAUUUUUUGUAAAGCCAUUUUCUCCUAAAUUUUUUUAAAUGGUUUGAAUCUAAACUUUGUUGUUCGUGUUUCUGGGGCUCUGAGAGAAACUUGGUUUCAGUUUAAAUGUUUUUAGUAAUGGUAAAAGCAAGGAUACGUAGUGUUCCGGCCUUGGCAAUAGGUUGCAGUAGUUACGCACAAGCUUUUAAAGGAUAUUAAGUUAGGGUUACCUGCAUUGGCUCUCCCUAAACAGCAAUUUGGAUUUAUUAGUCAAUGGAGACCAGUCUCUUCAAAUCAUUAAUUGCCUAAACUUAUUUAAAACUACAGUGCCCUUUUGAUGUGGAACCUUUUGUUGGGAUAAUUUUUAGAUUUGAAUCUUCUUUUUAGCCCUACUGUUGUCCAGCUGCUUCUCUACUAAUUUACUAACCUGGAUAUUUAAAAUAAACCCUUCAGAAUUAUUUUGGAAGUGACCUGAAAGUGUGCUGAUGGAUACAGUAUGUAUCUCUUGAGAGUGUGGGGUAGGACAAAAAGAAAACCCAGGAUCCCCAAUAUCCUAACAUUCCAAAGUUUUUGUAUAUGUGAAGUUGAAUAGUUGAAAUAACCUACCUUAAUAGUAUAUUUUUACUAUGUUUUGCUAAAAACAUGCUAUUUUAUUUGGUGGUCACACUUUGUUGAUUUCAACACGUGGGCAGCUGGAGCCCCCCAAAAUAAGAGUGCUUUAGAUAGGUGGGUAGUAAGGAGCCCCCCAAAAUAAGAGUGCUUUAGAUAGGUGGGUAGUAAGGAUGUACUGUCCCAUCCUAACCAGUUGACUAAAAAUGUAGGUGAUUGAAUAUAUUUAAUUAGGUUGUCUAAGGAACUUAAUUUAGUCUGUAAGGCUUAGUAGAUUGUAAAAUAUUAUCAUUCAUAAUGUUAACCUAGAAUUACUUUUAAAAUGUGACACCUGUGUAUCUCAUGAGGUUACGUUGGGGAUGUGCUGUCCAUGUGGAAAGCUGAAGGACGACAGGUUUUUGGCAUGAUGUUGAUAACUGGGGAAUUUUAGUUGUGAUUGUAGAUCAGUAUUUGUAAGGGAACAAAUGGAUAAACUGCUAGGCCAGCACAUCAGUAAUCACUGGUUAGGUAAGUUAUUGAGACAAGGACCUUAACUAUGUGCUUAAAUUUGUAUUUACUUAGUUAUUGCCUGGGAAUAUUACAAUUGUUUUCUCCCUUCUCAUGCCAGGAUUCAACAUAUACUUGCAUCUUGACAAGGAACAGGGGUUUUGCUUUUAGACAAAGCUGGAUCUUUGGGUAUGAGAAACAAUAUUUUAUAGUCAAAGGUGUUGCGAUAAUACCGUCUAGGUAAAUAGAGCAAUGUCUUCACGGAAAAGUGGACUAUUUGCUGUGCCAUAACCGAGUGCGUUGUGCACCUGUGGUGUAGCUUGGCCUGCGCUGCUGGCGGUUUUGCAGGGAUUAGAGGCUAGAGAGCUGACCUGUGUAAUAAACUCGGAGCUGUGGCUGAUGGCAUGUGCUUUCCUGCCAUUUCUGUAACAGUUCGUGAUCUUAGAGGAAGUAAAGUCAGUUUUGUACAGUAAAGUAUUCUGUACUUGUCAAGCACUUGAGAAGCAGAUCCACAAAUUCGCAUCCGCGAAAAAAUUAAGAAACCAAAGCCAAGAACAAUGAGAUGACCAGUAUAGUCCGCUAACCUGUGACGUAAAAGCUUUGAAGAAUUAGGGCAUGCAGAGAGAAGGUGAGGUAAAAUCCAUACUUCUGAAGAAUGGUUGGGGUUUAUUGAAUGGCAAGUAACAGGUAGCUAUUAAUAGAAGGUAUCCUUUCUGUUGUCUGUAGUUAAGGGAGUGGGAGCAUCGUGGUCAAGUACAGUAAAAGGUUCCAACUUAAUAUAUAUAUUUUUAAAGUAAUAAAGCAAAAAAAAAAUGCUGAUUUAAAUUUCAUCUCCUUUUCCUUAGUCUGUCCAUGUGAAUGUGCUGUGUGGAAGAGUAAAAGGGCCCAACUAAAUGUGUUCCAGUGAUUCCAAUAGGUAUUCCAAAUUAAUUGCUGCUUGUACAUUUAACACUUGUUAUAUUGGGCUUCCAGGAUCACCUUAAUUAGAACUCCCUUAUUUUAAAAGGAUGGGAAAAGGAAAUAAGUGGUAACCCAGAUUGGGUAGAUUGUAUAAACAGGAAAAAAAGGUUUUCUAACUUUCCUUUGCAUACCUGAAAUGUGAAAUAGUUGGUGUAAUGUUAAGCAGUUGGCGGUCCUCUAUGCCUAGGUUUAAGACUAUGCAAAUGGAGCCGAAUCCUUGUAAGGUUCUAAUGGUUCAAAUUCCUUGUUUUAACUUUUUGUGAGACCCUCAUUUUAAUACUUCCCACUUGCAGAGCUUAAAUACUUAAAAUACUUUAAUGCAGAAAAAUGAAUCUUAGAUACUUAUGUCCUUGUUUUUCCCAGCCUUCUGUGUCUAUGCGAAAUGCACAAAUACUUCUUACUAGCUUAUAAACACUUGGAAACUAGAUUGAGAGCCUUUUGGAGAAUGAGGAGAUAGGACUCCAUUACCAAAAAAUCAACUAUAGGAAGUAAAUUUAAAUUGUAAAGACAGAAGGAAGGGCUCAGUGUGACCUCUGAUUGUGCCUCCAGAGCAUGUAAUUUCUCAUUGCCCUGAAGUCAUUUAAAGACUUGGUAAGAAGCUUAGAGGUAAUCUAUUCUCUCCACCACAUACUCCAGAAUAAUGUAUCUUGGUGAAAUGAGAGGACCUGGGUGCUAUACUGAUUUGAAAUGUAGCUGUCAGGAUUUGAAUACAGUUCUGUGUCAGCUAAAAAUCCAGUGGCUUCUGAAAGAGCAGACAGCUCGGUUUCAGACCAAAAGGUAAAAAUCAUAACUAUUUUGUUCAUUUGAAGGAAAAAAAAAAAUGUUAAAACUAGGAGAACAUCGUUUCAAAAGUAAACUUUGAAUUCAGAUGGCAAAGCAUAGGUUUCAUUUCCUGUGACUUGUCCUCACAGUCUAAAGGGAAGAAACAUUUCGAGGGAAACUGAUCCAUUAAGAAACCAGUGUUUGCAGAUUACUUUGAUUUCCUAAGGACAGGCCAUCUAAGGUGGUUUAACAGAUUUUGUUAACUUGAUCUAAACUUCUAAAAAGGGAACAGUAGAAGCCUUUCUAUAUUCUUACCUGCUUAUAAUGUCUCUGGUAGUUUUGUCAAGAUAGAAAUACUUGGGGAAAUCAUCUGCAUUCUAGAAAACUGAAGAGAAAGGCAAAUGUAGUUGUUGAAAACUACUUGCAACACAAUCUGUAGUGCUCAUGUUACAAGCUUCAAAAUGUAACACUUUUUUUAAGACCUUUGUAGUAAGUUUUUGUCCCUAAAGCUUACUAUUUUAAGAGAAAAAGAUGGAGCUUAUUGCAUAAAAUAAGCUGUGUAAGAUGCCAGUAUUUGGGUGGUAGAGGAUAUUGGUAUGUUGUCCUAAUUGAAUGACCACUGGACCCUAUUAAGAUGAUAACAAAAAAUAUUCUAGAGGACCAUUAAAAAUCAGAAUUCUAGCAAUGGCUUUAACUUUUCUACUUAAGAUUUUGUUUACCCAAGUAAAGUACAUAUAUAUAUAUAUAUUAACAUGAAUUUUAAAGGGGUGCCUUGACCCCCAUCCACUACAGAUUUUUAUCUAGGAAUAGAAGGAUUCAAACCCUAUUUGAUCCCUAGCUCUUUGCUGAAAAGUGCAUAAACAGGAAUCCUGAAUUUAUUAUAUAGACCUCCUCGCAUUAUAUAAUCGAAGCAAAGGGAAACCAGCGAUGGAGUAGAGGUACGUAGACUAAAAAGAUGCUUGCGAAUCAAAUGAUGGUAUUAGGAAUAGUUAAAAUUUUUUGUUGCCAAACUCGGUCAUUAUAAAUCACAAGUCCAAAGAAAAGCUUUAGUUAAUUUUAAAUUCCCUGAGGUCCUUUUACUGUGAUGGAAAAGCCAAGUAGUCAAGGAAAAAAAGGGAGGGGUGAGGGAAGGGGGAAAUGCAUAGAGCACUAGAAAGAUUUAACAAAGUAUGAUAGAUAAAGCCACAACAAGUUUUAAAACUACUAAUGACCACAAUUCUAUUUUAAUCAGCUAUUUAGCUGGUAUCUACUGCUAUAUCACGUAGUGUGAAGUUUUGGAAUUAAUGGAACAAUGAAAGAAGCAGUGCAGCUGGAGGCUCCCAAGUGGGCACGGAAGGUCUCCAAUUUAUGCAUUCUGCUGUGAAAAUGAACUAACCUUGUUAUUGGUGAAGGCCUUGGAAAUUUUUGCCAGCCGAGAGAGAGGUUUCUCUUACUCAGGGUAAGAUGUAAUCAUAGUAUGGGAGAGCUAGGCGGGAAUUCAGUUAACUUAAUCCAAUUGCCCAAUUUUAUACUUUGCAUCCAUUUGUAAACUGAAGCUGAGAACCUAAGUGGCCUGCACAAACAGCUUGUUAAAGAUCAGGUUUGAGGAGUACUCCUCAGAUUCCCCCGUACUCUUAACAGAUACGGCGUUGCCUCUUAAAAUACAAGUACUGGUCAAUUUGAGUAACAGAGACUGGAUUCAACUCUGACUGUGUCAGUAGAGUAUACAGAUGGUAUGGUCUUGGAAACUGCCUUUUCUUUUCUAACAACCUUUCCUGAUUAUUGUCCAAGUCCUACCUUUGGUGGCUACUAGAUGAUGAUGAUCCAUGGAAAUGUCUCGGGGCAUGUGCUUGACAGCGACAGCCCGUGCGCCGUGCCCCUCGUAAGGACAGCCACAGGAAAGGCGGGCCUGGGAGGGAAAACGGGACUGAGCAUGCACUCCCCACUUACCCCUUGAAAAGUCGUAAGAGAACACAGUAAAACUUGAGGAUAGCUUCACCUUCUCUGGCUGACCAUGAUAAGUAAUAGGAGCAUUAAUAAUGCCGGAAUCCUGUCUGGUGGUCUUUUUUCAUUAUCAUUUCAAAACCAGGAACACCUCUAGCUUGUGUUUUGUGGUAUAUUUUUUUCUUAGGAAGUAAUGUUGACAUUAAAACAAAAAAAAAUUCAUUGCUUUGGAAAGGGGAGAGUGUUUUUCCUGAAUGAAUAAAUGUUAUAGGUUUG